ACAGCACCUUGAUUGCCUAACAGAGGCAAUGUCUUCUACUGACGUCUCAUUUUGGCUGCUGUAUAGUGAGACCUUUGGUCCAGUUUUAGAAAAUGAAGGGCUGUUACUCUUGAUAAACAUGGGGUGGAGCCUCCCAGUCUGAGAGUCUAUAUUAAAGACCCAUCUGCAAGAAACAGGAGCAUCCUCCAGCUGUCCUGUGAGCUGAAAACUUUCCUCCCUCCUUUGGAAAAUGAUUCGCUUAUUCCAUGCCAUGAAGGCCUUGCACGUGAAAUCAGUGCUUCAGAGACCCAAGAAGUCCUUCAUCCCAUCAUCUCUCCUUCCCACAGCCCACGAAAGAUUUUCCACAGCCUCUGCUGUUCCCCUGGCAAAAACAGAUGCUUGGCCAAAAGAUGUGGGCAUCCUUGCCCUGGAGGUCUACUUUCCUGCCCAGUAUGUGGACCAGACUGAGCUGGAGAAGUAUGACAGUGUGGAAGCUGGCAAAUACACAGUGGGCUUAGGCCAGACCCAAAUGGGCUUCUGCUCUGUUCAAGAGGACAUUAACUCCCUGUGUUUGACAGUGGUGCAACGGCUGAUGGAACGCACCAAGCUCCCUUGGGAUAAUGUAGGGCGGCUGGAGGUGGGCACAGAGACCAUCAUUGAUAAGUCCAAAGCCGUCAAGACGGUGCUCAUGGAACUCUUCCAAGAUUCAGGGAACACAGACAUAGAGGGCAUUGAUACUACCAAUGCCUGCUAUGGAGGUACCGCAUCUCUCUUCAAUGCUGCCAACUGGAUGGAGUCGAGCUCCUGGGAUGGUCGCUAUGCUAUGGUAGUGUGUGGUGACAUUGCUGUCUAUGCCAGUGGGAAUGCUCGGUCAACUGGUGGGGCAGGGGCUGUGGCUAUGCUGAUUGGGCCCAAUUCUCCCCUAGUCCUAGAACGAGGACUUAGGGGAACCCACAUGGAGAAUGUAUAUGACUUCUAUAAACCUGACCUGGCCUCAGAGUACCCUGUGGUAGAUGGAAAGCUCUCAAUUCAGUGCUACCUUCGAGCCUUAGAUCGAUGCUAUGCAUUUUAUCGAAAGAAAAUCCAGAAUCAAUGGAAACAAGCUGGCACCGAAAGACCUUUCACCCUGGACGAUUUCCAGUACAUGAUUUUCCAUACCCCUUUCUGCAAGCUAGUCCAGAAGUCCGUAGCACGUCUGCUGUUCAAUGACUUCUUGUCAGCCAAGACUGAUGUUCAGAAUAGCCGCUACAAGGGUCUAGAGGCUUUCAGGGAUUUGAAGCUAGAAGAUACCUACUUCAACAAAGAUGUAGAAAAAGCUUUUCAAAAAGCUUCUCAAGAUAUAUUCAACCAGAAAACCAAAUCCUCACUCAACCUCUCCACUCUAAAUGGGAACAUGUACACCUCUUCCCUCUAUGGGUGCCUGGCGUCCCUCCUCUCUCAACACACUCCCCAGCAGUUGGCCGGGGCCAGAAUCGGUGCCUUCUCUUAUGGCUCUGGCUUGGCAGCAAGUUUAUUUUCAAUCAAAGUUUCCCAGGAUGCUACUCCUGGAUCCCCUCUGGAAAAAUUAAUGUCUAGUGUAUCAGAUUUGCCAAAACGCCUGGCCUCCCGCAAGCGUGUGUCCCCUGAGGAAUUUUCUGAAAUCAUGACCCAGAGAGAGAAAUAUUCCCAUGAAGUGAAUUUCUCUCCUCCUGGUGACGUAAACAGCCUCUUCCCAGGCACAUGGUACCUGGAACGAGUGGACGGGAUGCAUCGCCGCAAGUAUGCAAGGCGGCCUCUCUAGGAGGAACAGGUGGACCAUUCGCCUGUGGUGAAUCAUCAGGCCCAUCCAGGCAUAGGAUGAAGUGGGCUUCAGGAGAUACUGAUCAUGAGCAAUGCAGAAAGUCCACAUUUCUGCUCCUAGCAGCAAAAAUCUGCCCUCAACUGUCAAAGCACCACAUGGGCUGGACCAAAUCAACAUGAGCACACAACACGGUGCUUUUGCUAGCAAUGCAUUCCAGUCAUGAACGACUCGUAGAGCCUUUUCCCUUUGAAGACCACCAGCACCCACACACCCCCCUGUGUAUGAAGCACAUUUAUGAAGCCAAGUACAAAGGACCCCUUAGUGAAGGGGACAAAGAUGGAAGACACAAAGUGAAAUCUACCAUUUAUCCCCAAGAGAGUAACAUGAGUGAAAUCUUCACUGUAUUCUAUUCAAUUCAACAAGCAUUAUUAAAUGCCUACUAUGUGCCAGGUUACCAGUCUAGGAACAGAAAGAUUCUAAAAUAAAAACAUUCCUUGCUCU